CGAGCACUACAACAAACGUACAAAAUACGAGUGUAAGUGAACGCAUCUUUUGUUAGCAAGCCAAGCUAGCAAUGGGAACGUCAGUGGAGAAAGAAUGGAGGACACCACGCGCCUGCAGCAACUACUGGAGUGAAUACAAACACUGCAAGAGCUUGUGGAAUCGUUUCCAUCACUACUACACUUACGGUACCUCUCCAUCCUGCCAGCAAUGGAAAGAAGACUACUACAACUGUAAAGCAUGCGAGAAGAACACAAGCGCUGAGGCCAAGGAAUUACUGCAGACAAGUGAAAGGAGCCGAGUAGCGGAGCAGAGGAAGUUCCCCCCGGUGUGGGAGCUGAGGCGAGACCCACCCAGUGACUGGCACUUGCCCCUCAACUAUGAAAAACCUCAGGACUCUUGAACCGACACAGACAAAUGACGCUGUAAAUGUAAAGAAAUACACAUUGAAUCUUUGUCAUUGCACAGUGCUGUGCUGUAUAUAGCACAACUGAAUGGUGUUUGAGUACUAAACACUUGGGAAUUUAACUCAGGUUAGUCUUUUUUGCUGUUUUGAUGCUUCAGGCCUUUAUACAUAAUAUACAUACAAAGUCAAACCUCAUUGAUUGCUUGAUGGUUCAUAGAUGUAUUGUUAAUCCAGUAAGUGAAAGUACAAGACUAUUGUUUUUCCAUU